UCCUUCUAGGCUUCGACAAAGCUAACUAAUCCCUAGUUGUGCCGCUUUAUCCCAUUCCCACAAACCAACCCCCCCCGCUCCCAGUGGCUGUGAUGGGAUCCAUCGAAGCAUCCACGCCUCCCAGCCAUCUCAUAGGCCGCGAGGGGAGCCAGCCAGCUGGACCCUCGCGGUGCUUACCGCAACGGCCAGAUUCAAAAUCUCCGGCUCGUGACGUUGGCUUAUUGUGGUCUUUUCUAUAUAAAGCCGGACCUGAUGCCGUACUUUCUUUUUUUUUAUCCUUCUACCUAGCUUUUCUCUUUUCCGAUCUAAUUGCACUCCCCCGGAACUUGAGCUUGAAUCCCGUUGAUCGGGUAGGCAUCUGGCCGAACUUGUUCCUGUGCCUGUGCCUGUGCAUCCGAUAACGAACAUCCGAUCGCUCCCACCAUGGCGGUAAUCCCCUGGAAUCUUAUUCACCUGGCCAUCGCUGGAUACACUUACUUCCGGUCGACAUUUACGGUCUUUGCUAUACUAUCUGCCAUCACCAUCCUCCUAAGACUAUUCUAUCGUGUGGCUUUGUAUCCUGUCUACUUCACCCCUCUCAAGCAAAUCCCUACCCCUUCGAGCCGAUCAUGGCUCACUGGCAACCAUCCCACCUUUGUGCCUGAGGACCAGUUCGAGCGAAUGCGCCAGUGGAACAACGAGGUGCCGAACGACGGCCUGAUCCGAUUCUACAUGGCCGGCAAUAUCGAGCGCAUGGUAGUGACAAGCCCCAAAGCCUUGAGCGAACUCCUCGUUCAAAAAGCAUACGAGUUCGAGAAGCCACCGUUAGUGCGGCGCUCGCUUGGCCGUAUCACCGGGGAACAUGGUGUGCUCUUGGUAGAAGGCGCAGAGCACAAGCGCCAACGGAAGCUUCUCAUGCCCGCCUUCUCCUAUCGCCAUAUCAAGAAUCUCUAUCCAAUCUUUUGGUCGAAAGGCAUUGAGAUGGUGAAACUCAUAGAAGAAGACCUGCGCCGCCGGGGAAACCCAUCAGACAACGUCAUCCGCGUAGCAACCUGGUCCGGCAGAGCGACCCUCGACAUCAUCGGCCUGGCCGGGAUGAAUCGAGACUUCGAUUCUCUCCGUGAUCCCAACAACGAGCUCGCAAAACACUACCACAAAAUCAACAGCGUGCCCCCUACGCCCCUCGAGAAAGGCAUCUUCCUUAUCGGACUGAUUUUCAACUCCGCCCACCUCGUCCACAAACUCCCCUUCAAACGCAACCGCUACAUCGCCUCCAGUUCCGCAUACAUCCGCAACGUCGCACUUCAAAUGAUCCGCGACGCCCGUGGAUCCAUCAAUGGCGAGAAAACGCACAAAACCACCGACGCAGUUGACAUCAUCUCCGUCGCCCUCUCAAGCGACGGUUUCACCGACGAAGAACUCCUCGACCAAAUGAUGACUUUCCUAGCCGCCGGCCACGAAACCACCUCCUCCGCCCUACAAUGGUGCAUCUACGCCCUCAGCAAACACCCCGACGUCCAAACCCGCCUCCGCGAAGAAAUCCGUGCCAAUCUCCCCUCCAUCUCCAUCGACAACCCUGACCCCAUCUCCGCCACCACUAUCGACUCCCUCCCCUACCUCAACGCCGUCUGCAACGAGGUCUUCCGCUUCUACCCCUCCGUCCCAAUCACCAUCCGCAUCGCCAACAGAGAUACUUCUCUCGCCGGCCACCCAAUCCAAAAGGGCAUGUCCAUCCAUAUUGUCCCCGCAAUGAUCAACCACGACAAAACCCUCUGGGGCCCGGACGCAGACCAAUUCAAUCCAGACCGAUGGCUCGGCCCCGGAAGAGCGAACACCGGCGGCGCAACUAGUAACUACUCCUUCUUGACGUUCCUCCACGGCCCGCGGAGUUGUAUCGGACAGGGCUUUGCGAAAGCAGAACUCGCGUGUCUGCUCGCUGCCUUUGUGGGAAAAUUUCAAUUCGAACUUGAAGAUCCUAAUGCGAAGCUUCUCCUCCGUGAAGCCGCGACAGUGAGUCCUAAGGAUGGGGUUCGGGCGAGAAUCACUCCGUUGGAGGGGUGGUAGGUGAUGAAUGAACUGCAGUGAGGCUUCAGGACAUGACUAUUGACUAUUGACUAUUGACUAUAUAUAUUCUUGUACUUUGUUAUAGAUAUUCUUUUAUUCUCACAAUCAAUGUUCCAUGUCCCUUAAUGUCUAUAAUGCCAUUAGAGUAAUGGGUGACGGGUUCCACUCAAGCAGUCGCUUUCUUGAUCUUCUCGCCCAGAUACUCGGCCAACACCAAAAUCUUCUCUUCCUGGAGACGACGUCCAAAGAGCUGAAUCCCAGCCGGUGCACCAUCAUACACGUCCGCAUCAUACUCCCCAUCCGUCUUCCUAUCCAACUCACUCAAAUACUUUCUCUCC